AUGGCAGGAAAGGCGAUUUCCCUCAAGGUGAUCGGUAGAACAGUUCGUGGUAUUCCAGAGCUCGGAUUAAGGUACCGUUCGAUGUCCGAUAGCGAGUCCUUUUCCGAGCGUGAGCCCAAUGCGUUCGAUGGGGAGUCAUCAGACGGUCUUUUUAAUUCGGACAACGAGGCGGUAAGCCCCGCUGCCGAGGGCGGAAGCGACACCGAUGUUGAGAUACUCGAUGAAGGUCCCAGCUCCGUUUCUUUUCACGGCAUUGGUAAGGGGCUAAUGACCGCUCCGGUGCCGUUGUCCAUCGUCUAUAGCGACGGUCGCCAUGUGGGUCUAGGUAUGCCUGCGGGGACAAGCGCUGGUUGCCGGUCAGAGACCUCCACUUCCGGCCGUGGAGAGUCAGCCGCCGAACCAUCCUCUCGGGCGAGGGUAUCGGUAGUAUACCCAAGCAACCCUAGGGUACCUAUGGGGGUGGCGAAGGAAAAUAUGUUCGGUGUCGACUAUCUUGGGCCGAACAAGAUUACCGAGCGGGAGAUUGCCAAGUAUCGAGCGGAAUAUCGCAUCUCGGAGUCAGUACGAAUGAGGAUCUCGGGCCCUACAAAAUCCCUCAGCAAGCCGAAGGACGACGAGGUGGUCUUCUUUACCGACGUCCUUGUUCAAGGCGUUCGGUUGCCAUUGCAGCCGGCGAUACAGAGGAUUGUGGCCCAGAUCGGCUAUGCUCCGGGACAAUUUAACCCGAACUUCUGGGUGGCCCUCAUGGGAGUGAUAACGGCCUUCGGCAUGGGCAGUGAAGGGUGGCCAUCCUACGAGCAGUUCUCGUACCUGUAUAGUAUCACAAAGUCCAAGCGUACCGAUCACAGUGGAUAG